GUCCAAGGUGCUGAAACACCCAAACCAAUAAUCAUCAGAGCGGCGGAGUGGUUUGACGGGCAGUCGAGGUUGCAGCAGGCAGAGGGAGACGGUGGAAGGUAAAGCAGGGAGGCAGCAUCAUGGCGGACAGAGACAGUGGCAGUGACCACGGAGGGCCCACCGCAGGCCCCGGCUCGCUGCCCCCGGGUGCGAUGGGCGCCAUGUCCCGGCUGCAGCACGACACCGAGGAGCUCGCCUCUAAGCGCGUCGACAUCCAGAACAAGCGCUUCUACCUUGACGUGAAGCAGAAUGUUAAAGGCCGCUUCCUAAAGAUAGCCGAGGUCGGGGCUGGGGGAAACAAGAGCCGCCUCACUCUCUCCAUGUCGGUUGCCGUGGAGUUCCGCGAUUAUCUCGGGGACUUUAUCGAACAUUACGCCCAGCUGGGCCCGACCAACCCAGACAUAGUGCAGGAUGAGCCCCGGCGGGCGCUCAAGAGCGAAUUCCUGGUGCGGGAGAAUCGGAAAUAUUACAUGGAUCUGAAAGAGAACCAGAGGGGGCGGUUCCUAAGGAUCCGACAGACCGUUAAUCGGGGGCCCGGAUUGGGAAGCGCGCAAGGCCAGACCAUCGCUCUGCCGGCGCAGGGUCUCAUCGAGUUCCGCGACGCGUUGGCCAAACUCAUCGAUGACUACGGCGUGGACGAGGAGCCGGCGGAGCUCCCGGAGGGCACCUCGCUCACGGUCGACAACAAGCGCUUCUUCUUUGACGUGGGCUCCAAUAAGUACGGGGUCUUCAUGCGGGUCAGCGAGGUGAAGCCCACGUACCGGAACUCCAUUACGGUUCCGUGCAAAGUGUGGUCCAAAUUCGGCAACACCUUCUGUAAAUACGCGGAGGAGAUGAGGAAGAUCCAGGAGAGGAGUAGAGAGAAACGGGCCUCCGAACUGCUACCUGAGGGCCCGCACGGCGGAGAUGACGGCGACGAUGACUGACGCGGAUUUUAGGAGAGAGCAGAAACGAAACAACAAAGACAAAACUGAACUCUGAGAGAAAACGAGACUUUUAACUGUAAAAUAGAAAGAGAAUUUCCAAGGGAAUCACCCCACACACACAACCUCCACAGACAUGGCAGCACCUCUGCUGUCUCCUCGCUCAUUCUACUGGAUGUCACUUACCACCCAUGUAACAGUAAGCCGCUGCUAUCAAGGAUUGAACUGUAAGAUAUGAACUGUUUCCUACUUGAUUUAAAUGACAAUGAACAGAGUGUUUAUAUCUCUAUCAAACGACAGAUUUUGCACACAUCAAAGCUAUUUCGAAAAAAUGUUUAAAUGUUUUCAAACUGGUAAUAUACUAAGAUUUAAUCAAAAUAAAACCAGAGGUCUAUUAUAUAAAAUGACAGUCUUCAUGUAGAACGAAUAUUUGACAUCAGCACAAAGAGAAUAUAUUAUGGACUUUAUGAAACCAAAAUCUGAUACCAGAUGUAUAGUUUAUUAUAAAGGUACGCAGAAUAAAUAUGAAAGCGCUCUAAAAGUGUAUGAAUUGCAGAACGCAGCACUACAGGCCUGUAAACACCUGUCAGCAUGUGUGUAGGCUCAUGUUUUGAAAAGAAGUUUGGCAAAGUAGGCUAUAGUCUUUAAUUUGACCGAAAACGUAGUAGGCUAAUGAAAGCAUUUCUAUCAUGCCAUUAUGGAAAGGUUGAGACUCAAAAAUAAAUAGCCUAUUUGCCUCAAACAAAUGGGAUAAAUCUAUCUCUGAGCUACUAUAAUGAAUAUCAACCCUCUUGCACCAUGUCCAUAUAAACUUAAAUGAAAAAAGUGCUAACUUAGAUGUACUAAUUAUGAUUUUGUGAAUCAGCUGUAAAAAAAAUCCUUAUUAAGAUACCCACGUUUUCUGUGGGUUAAAUUUUUUCUUUGUUUCUUUGUUUGUUUUUUCCUCUGGGGGGGUGGGGGAUGCAAAAGGAUAAGGUCCACCUGUGGGAGCGCAAGGCGCGGAAACAAACAAAAAAAGACACGUCAGCGCAGCGCGCGGCGAGGCAACGCAUCCUCUCUGACGUCAUUACGACCCGUGCCUUAUACACUCCACUCGUUUACGUGUUCUCACGUGGAUGGUCUGUGACCUCGACCGCUGUACGUUUUCAUUUACGAGUGCUGUUAUGUAGGCCGAAAUAUAUACUCACCGGGGCUGCGUUAAUUCACACCCCUGUGGUGCAUGGAGCAUGGGUGGCAACACCAAAAGUAAGCUGAAAGGCUGCUGGGAGCUUGGGGGGCCAACGAUGAUAGUGGGUAGAAACAGAGCGGGGCCUUCAGAGAGAUGAAGCGCUGCCAUACUUGCACUUUGGAAAGGGGGGGAGGGGGGGCAGCACCCCUGCCCUAGCAGCACCCCUGCCCUGGUGGCCUCUCGCAGAGUAGAGAUGUGUCUCCCUUGGACAGGAGAAGGACCCAGGAUAUACCACUGGGUGUCAGCAUGGAGAUUCAUCUGGAGAUGUUACGGGUGGUUUUGCACACCAUAUGCACCAUGAUGUUUAAAAAACAGCAACAACAAAAAACUAAAUCAGGAGCGGCUGGAUGAGGCUAUUCGUCAGAGCUGAGAUGGAUGUUGUUAAAGAGCCAGACAGUCAGCCAGCCAGCCAGGCAGGCCAGCCGGCCGUGCCAUGCCGUCAGUCUGAGUGCAGUCCAGUGGAUGUAGAGGCCUAUCAGUGCAGGGCCGAGGCAGUAUCUAUCUCUUUAUGGUGCUACAGCCCCUUGAUCGCUCUUUGGGGGCCUCGCCACUCAGAAUAUGUCACUUUUGCAUUAUUUUUAUUUUUAUUUUUUUUUUCCUUUUCUCCACAUUAUGUUGUCCAAUACGUGUCAGGUUUCUCCCUCCCAGGCAGAGAGGAAGCCACUGACUAGUGUAGGACAUUUCAUAUUAGUGUGCAAUAUUGUGUACGUGCCAAUAGCGGCAUUGUAUCACGUGUAUAGACUAUUAAAAGACGAAAAAAUGUAUAGGCUGUGAUCAGUAGAUAUUUGAAAGCAUGACGAUGAGGUUGAUGCAUCUGCAUUAUAUUUCCGAAAUGUGAAGUCUUUCUUCUCACGCACUUGCUCAAAGUGAAAAAAAAAGUCAGACUAGUAGUGAGAUAUUUUUCCUGUCAUGUUCUGUAAACCAGUAGGCUGCCUUGUCCGUCUAUCAGUGCGCGUAGACUAGUUCGGGUGUUUUACGUCCCCCUACGGAGUCACCCCAGAGAAAAACCCUUCCCCUCCUCAUUCCUCCCCUAACACACACACAACGCAGACAGUCAACAACCUCCGACUGUCUCCAUGUCAGCCUCUCUGCAGCGGCCUACACCGAAGCUGAAUAGUAUCUUGGGGCUUGGGUCCAGGGGUGGCUGAAACACACACACAUGCGUACAGUCUCUCCCUGCUGAGGCCUCUUGUCGCUAUCUGAGUGUUUGGGAGGCCUCUAAAGUAUUUUGAAUGGUGUCUAGAACUGCACAAGGCCUCCUGUCAUUAGCAGCCAGGAAACUGUGUGUUUGGAGCCUGAGUGCGACCCCUCUCUCGCCUGGGACUGCCGAUCGCAGGACAGGUGAACUACGAUUUGACUUUUGCUUGUCUGCGGUUUCACUUGAGCUAGGCGAUAGUGAUCGGCCGCAGCAGACCCAGAGGACAGAGGAGUUUGUUGUUGUUUUUACAAUGAGGAUCACAAUCCUUCUCUCUUAUGUGGGCAGACUCUGAUCUCAGGUCUGCUCCUCUUUCCCAGCUCAUGAUUCAAAGCGUAAAAAAAAAAAGGACCUGCCUCUUUGUCCGUGCAAUAAAACUUUGUCCGAAUGCCCAAAUACGCUCUGUCAGACACACUGUCCAUUCCUUCCUUUUGACCUGGUCGACCUUUAGGCUUACACUGAAGUGCUAGUCAUCUGAAGUGCUAUCAGCUUUAUUUAAAGCAGGUUGGCCUGCGACACUACGACUGAGCCUGCUCACAGGCCCUGUCCGAGUGGCGUGCAACCUAGGUGGCAUGAAGGGGAAACACAGACUGCAUGGAUUGCAGCUUUAGAGGCAUCAGCUGGAUAAAGGCUGCUAAUGUAGUUACAGCCUGGGCCUGCCAGACAUGUGGGAUAGCACAGUGAUAGUUAGACUGAAGUAAAAUUCCCCAAAGCACACCUGGGCUGAAACGGUAUCAGGAGUCCUUGCUUUAAAAAAGUUGAUCUGUGUUUGAUUGGGCAUGCCUGCGGCAAUAGAGCCAAGAAAAAUGUUCCAGAAAAUCCCAUCUGUUCCACGCAGGACGAUUGGCCCAGGGUUGUCUCCGAGUGUCGGUGAAAGGCCUGAUGAAGCCUGGCACUGCACUGUGGGGGCUUACCAACAGCAGCCUAUCACGACCUACUGACCCGGCUGUCAGACAGAUCCAGUUAGGACCUUUCUCUCUGUUUUGGAGAAGAGCAGGAAGUCUCUUUCUCCUCUUGCAGAGAUGACUGCAUUUUCUCACACUGCCCUGUGAUUAUAAAGAGCCCGUUUCCAUUAGACACACGUACAAGCCACCUAUGACUAUGUGCCUGGCAAUGCACAUCUGAGGUCAAUCUGAGUUCAUCUUGAGUUCAACAUGAGUCUGGACUCUCUGUUGUUAUACAGCACUUAUUCCCCAAAGUGUUCUAGCUUUAGCUUGAUUGAAUUUAGGCCUCCAGGAGGCUAAUGCUACAUGAAGACUGGAAAUACAACACUUCCUUUCUCUCUUUCUCUAAUGGCCAAAUAUAAGGAGAGCCUGAACCUGCUCAUAGAGAAUACUUUGUGAAUGCCUCACUCUGUGAAAUGCACACAUUUCUUUAAAAGACGUGUCGUUUUGCUCUGUUACAGACUGUAAUCGCCAGGUGCUACUGGGUCAGCUGUGCUUUUAGUGCAGAGUGAUUCUGUUGUGAAACAUGACUCGUGCAUUUUGGGUCGUAGAUCUAUCCGAGUUACACAGAAAGGGGAGGGGGCGGGGGGCGGGUCUUGUGAUUUUGCUGAAGACAGUGUGAUCAAAUCUGAUUUCUCCGUUUAUCAGAGCUCACCCAGUGUCACAGCAAAAACCUGGCGUGACCUUGCAGCCAUGUUGUGCCCACGUUACGCAGUCAUCCAUUUCUGGGACUCGAAUGCAAAAUGGUAGGCAGAUUUAUCCAUCCUGUUUUCUGUGUAAAGUGUCAGUGGUCAAGCUGUGUGCUGUCCUCAGUGGCUCUGGCUAAGUUCAGUGUACAGGGGUGAUGGUGCACUGAAGCUGUUAACAUUGACGAGAACGGUGUUCUGAUUUAUUAUACAGCGGUAGCCAUCGUAGCAAUCCUUUAUUGUGAUGUAAUAAUCCUGCCUUUUGUCUGUUAUGACUGCAGUGUUCAUUUAGUCCAAUGUUAUUCAAAAGAGCUUUUUUUUCAUUGCUCAAACAACAGGUGACCAUUCCUUACACAUUUCAACUGAUGGAAAAAGAAGAAAAAAAUGUAAUCGUAGAUGUAACUCAAACAGUGCAGCAGUAGCUACUUGUUGCAUGUACUCAAAGUCAGAUUGCUAUGAUGGCUCCAGCUGUAGGCGCUUCGUCUGCUUGUUCCUCCUGUCUUAAACAGGGAGAUUAUUCACCUUUCUGACUGCAUUCAAACAACAACACGUACAUGACUUUUAAAAGCAAACUUCCGCAAUCACCGACUUAAAACAGACUGAAAUUCCAUGAGGUGUUCCAGACAACCAAAUCUGCUCUGUUUCUGGUUUCAGUGUUGUAGUCUUUCAUUGGCCAUGUAGAGUUCCUGGUUAAUCACACAGCCAAUCGCAGCCUCUGGUCAAAGCCAAGCACUAUAUGACUCAUCACAAACCACUGACAGAGGAGCUCAUUCAGCACGUCUUCUGUUUGUUCAUGCACCGAGUAGUAGGGUCCAUCAUGUUUGCAGACUGUACAGGCUACUGUUGUGUAUAGUUACAAAGACGUUUAUUCAAAUGUUUUGAAGACGCUGGGAAAUGGAUCCUGGAUUUUAAGGGGUGGGGUCAAUGCACAAUGAACAUAUCCCAUGUCACAGUUUGGUCUAAAUCCCUUUACCAUCCCCAUAUGAGAUAAUAUGUUGUAUCUUUCAAAAAUAUUUUAUCUGUGGCGUGUGUGUGUAUAUAUAUAUAUAUGGUUUGUUAUAUAUGAUGCUCCUCCUUUCAGAAAAAUAUAACAUGUAAACGGGAAAAACAUAUUGCUGUUUUUUUUCCUUUGUAUUUUAUACUUACAGAAAGCAUUGAAUAAAAAUGGAUAAAUACUUGCACUUUAGAUAUAUUAAGAAGAAUAAAAAUCUGCAUAUUAUUUUUGAUAGGGAUCUCACAUUCAAAGAGUAUAAAUUACAGGCUUUGUGACUAUUGCUGGACAGAGAUGUAUUGAGUUCUACUUAUUGAAGUAUAUUUUGUCUGUGUGUCAGAAGGUUUACUAAAGUAAAUUGCAUGAUAAAGUAGUGCUACACCGAUAUUGUUCUUUUUUUUUUUUUUAGUUGGUAAAAAUGUCUGAAAACUGUGAUAACAACCCUCUUGUAUCAUGUUAAACCUCUCCUCACCCCUUCUAGAAUAUUUCUUACUGAAAUAUGGCCUUUCCUGACUAAAUGACGAUGGUGCUUACUUUGGCUUUGACAUUGAGCUCAUCCUAUACAUCUCAACAUCAUCAUAACUCGCGUCCUUACACUUCAUUACUUUCUGUUAUGUACUCUCACUACCUUAUUAAAUUUCCGUUGAUGGCAAAAAAAG